GCUGGAUUUCUGGGAUAUUCAUUCAUUGAGGGGGAAACAUCCUGAGUACCAGGGGGGGUGCCAUUCGUAUACACCAGGUCGAGAGGGAGCGGGCGAGAACACUACAUUUCCACAAUGAGAGCUGCCCUUGUGGCCUUGGCGCUAAGUUUAUCAGCGUUAACAGUUACAGCUCAAGUUCGUUUCCCGCGAUACAAAGGAUGGAACGCAAAGAGGUACCCGGUGUGGAGCGAUAACGACCCCAGAUACAAGAACUGCUGGAAAGGAGGACCAGUGUCAUUCGAUAUCAACAAUGAUGGACCAACACUGACUGGCGCCAAAUCAAGUUUCAGCAUCAAUGUGGUCUUCCCACCAAAUCAAACUGUUGUCCCCGGCGGGCAGGUUGUGUGGACCAAAAACGUCACCAUGGGUGGAGCACAGUACCUCAAGGGCCAGUCUGUGUACCCGGAGCGCAACACCCCAGAUGAGUGGUCUGGCUUCUUCCCCGAUGGCACCCCCUUCAGAGGCACCACUGGCAGGAAACCACGCUUCAUCUACGUCUGGAAGACAUUCGGUCGCUACUGGCAGGUGGCAGACGGGGCCUCCUCCGCCCUCAGCAUCGGCACUGACAACAUCCCCCUGGGCUCCUACAAAAUGGAGGUGGUGAUCUACCACUGCCGCGGGAAGGACCGCUUCAUCCCCCUGGGAUACGGCUCCAGCCAGUUCUCCAUAACAGAUCAGAUUCCCUUCAGAGUGUCCCUCAGCCAGAUGAACGACCUGAACCAGAACGACCAAAGCUUCGUGCAGAACCGUGCCGUCUCCUUCGCGGUGGACGUGCACGACCCCAGCAAGUACCUGAGCGCCUCCGACGUCACCUUCACCUGGGACUUCGGUGACAACAGCGGCACCUUCAUCUCCCGCGAGAACAUGGUGACGCACACCUACCUGUCCGCCGGCAACUUCAGGCCCCAGGUGAUCCUCAUGGCCUCCAUCCCUUUCACCUGCGACCCCAACCCGCCGCCCACCAUCGGAGGAGCCACGGACGAGCCCACCCUCCCUCCUGCCACCCCAGAUACCACAGGAGGUGGUGGUGGUGGCGGCGGAGAAGAUGAGACCACCAUGUCAGUGCCCGCUUCUGCAUUAGUCCCCGCUGCUGAUGAGAAUGGAGACAUCGUUGACGCAGAAACCGUUGAUGCCACUACUGUAAGCGACACAACGGUUGCUGAUACCACAGCCGACACAACGAUUGUUGACGCCACAGCCGACGCAACGGUUGUUGACGCCGCAGCCGACGCAACUGUUGUUGAGGCCGCUGCCGCAGCUGAUGUGACCACUAUUGAUGCUGCUACUGGAGACGUCAUUCCGGCUGCUGCUGGAGACCUCAUUCCGGAAGAUGUGGUGCCGAUCGGCGAUGCUACUGCUGCAGCCGGGGACGCCGUCGCAGCUGGUACCGAUGCUGCUGCUGCCGCCACCGACGCCGCUGCUGCUGCCGCAGAUGCAGCAGUUGCGGUCGCCGACGCCGCCAACACUCAGAUCAUCGAGGAAGUCGCAGCCCCCAACGCCCCUGCCACGGCUGCAGCCACAGUCGCUCCCACCACCGUUCCCCCGGCUCCCGCGGUCAAUCCUGCCGCUGUGGCCGAGACCGUCGCUCAGGGCAUCGCCGCCGUGGCAACCAUCGCUUCUAACCUCGCCGCUGCCGCCGUCACCGUUGCCAGCAACGCUGCCGGCGCUGCCGAAACCGCCGCCGGUCAAGUCGCCCAGGCUGCCGCCGAAGCCGUCGGCAGUGUUGUCAACAACGAUGGGCUGGACCCCGAGACCCCGGUCGUGAAUCCUGACGGCAUUGCCGCCACCGCCAUGGCCGCCACCGUAGCAGCAGCUGUACCAGUCGAGGUGCUGGCAGCUGAACUAGAAGGUAACAGCGGUCCUCCCGCCCUCCUCGCCACCAUUCUCCCUCAGGCCGCCGCCGCUGCCGUCUCCGUCGCGUCAGAUGCUGUUGCCGCCGCCGCAGCUGCUGCCGGUCUGGCUAACGGUAAUGCGGUUGCUGAGGGUGCUGCACUGGAGGGGGAUCCCGGCGCACCCGCCAUCCUGGCCACCAUCCUCCCUCAGGCUGCCGCCGCCGGUGCCGCCCUGGGUGCUGAUGCGGUUGCAGCGGCAGCUGCGGCGGCCGCUGCUGCUGCUGGCCUGGGCGGUGGAGUAGCUGAAGUACCUCUUGGUGCCACGCUGGCUCCUGUGCUGCCCGUUGGUGUUGACAACGAAGUGGCACUGGAAGCAGUGGCACCCACAGCAGCCAUGAACGAGAUUGGCGCUGAGGUGGAGGUUGCAGCGGGUACAGAGGCUGCCCAGGUGGCACUGGUCAUUGCCAAGCGACAGGCUCCCGAGAUGCCCGCCGAUAAUGGCUGCAACAUCUACCGCUACGGCUCCUUCUCCACUCAGGUCCAGAUCGUCCAGGGGAUUGAAAGCUUGGAGAUUUUGGCAGUGAAUAACGUGGUGACACUGUCAUCCGAGGUGGACCAGCAGAAUGCUGUGGAUCUCACGGUUUCCUGCAAGGGAAGCUUGCCCAGUCCCAGUCAGAUGUGCACAGCCAUCUCGAAGGAGGAGUGCAACGAGCCAUUCCAGAGGGUGUGCAAGACCGUGGGGCCCAGCCCUGACUGCCAGUUGGUCCUCCGCCAGUUCUUCAAUGGCAGCGGUGUCUUCUGCGUCAACGUGUCCCUCAUCAACGAGGUCAGCCUGGCCAUGACCAGCGCCAGGGUCAGUGUCACAGUAGGCUCCGCGUCAGCAGGGGGCGUUGUGGGAGUGGUGAUGGGAAUGCUGGUGCUCGCCACCAUAGUUGGAGUGCUGGCCUUGGCCUAUCGGCGUUUUAAGCAGUACUCUCCGCUGAUGGAGGAGUCUUCAGACAACCCCCUGAGCGGUGCGGGCAGGACCUCCGUGCCCAUGCUGCUGUGGACCCUUCUCAGCCGCCAAUCACCUGGCGAGAGCCGCCCUCUGCUGCAGGGGGCCGGCCGCGUGGUCUAGAUGUCUUUACACGUGUGUUGUAUAGUGUGUGUGAGUGUGUGUGUGUGAGUUUGUACUGUGUGUGUGUGUGUGUGUGGCUGCAGAUUUGAAAAUACACAUGCACGUGCUGUCUGUCUGUCUGUCUCUCUCUUUUCUCUCUCUCUCUCUCUCUUUCUCUCUCUCUCUCUCUCCCUCUUUCUCUCUCUCUCUCCCUCUUUCUCUCUCUCUCACAUACACCGGCAUGAAGACACACACACACUAGCAAAACACACACCCUCACCGCAGCUGUGAUCGUCCCCUGUUGAUGCAGUGCUGAUAAUAAAACAAACUUGAGGAAUAAAAUGUAUACAUUUUCUAAACAUAAGAGAAGAAAGACGGUCAUUUGCAAGGUUUUUUUUGUUCCUGUAUUGGGCACCCAAGUGUACAUACCAUAUUAUUUCAGCCCCAUAAUACGUACUUAUAUGACGUCCAAUAAUCUCACGAGCAUUUGUAGAAAUGUGCAUUUUUUUAAAAAUGUGGCCUUUUUUCCCUG